UGCUACAGGGCAGAGUGCGCUGCCCGCCGCCCUUGUCGCCGCCGCGCUUUCGCCUGUAGCGAGCUCCUGUUCCCUGUCCCUGUCUCCUUGAGCAGUCUCCUGGCAGUCCCUGCCACCGAGGCCCGGGCCGGGGUCGUAAGCCAGCCCUUGUCCCCGGCUGCGGCGGGACGAUGCUGGAGUCCAUUCGCGUGACAGAAAAGCUUCACUGGCCUGAACAAGAACUUGCUAAAACAUCUGUUCUGAACGCAGAAGAGGCUCUGACCAUUGACAGCAAGAGAAGCUUCCUGAGUUUGCCCUCUGGAGUUCUGAGGGACGUUUUCACAACUGGAACUAGUAGUUACAAUGUCCUACUACAGAGCAAGGAGGAGAGAAAGCACCAGUCACAAAAGCAGUUCUCCUCUACCUAUUCCAAGAGAUGUAGAAAACCCAGCAAAUCUCCUAGCUCCUUUUGUAGCAAAGACCCUCCACGGAUGAUGGCCCUGGUACCUGUGACAAGUGGGGGAGCUUGGUUCUGCCUAGAGCGGCAGCCGACUGUUGUUGUCACUAGUUCAGUGUCCAGUCCUUUAAAGUUCACGCAUGAUAUCUCUGUUACAGGGAAUGGCAUCAUACUGCCACCUAAACCCAAAAGCAAGGUCAAGCGGUGCCAUUUCAACCCCCUUCCAAAGCCAAAGAGUCAGCCUCAGCUGUCUAGAAGCUUUGAAAAAGCAGAUGACUUUUCUGGAAAGAAAUUUUGUAUAUUGACUGCUAUAAAGCCAACCAACCUGGAGAAAGAAAAAGUGAGGUUCUUCAAGUCUGACUAUACUUACAAUCCUCAAUUUGAGUAUGCAAAUCCUACUCUGCCCAGCGUGUUAGCCAAGCACAGCAAUGCCUCUGACCGAUUUCUUAAACAGUCCAUCCAUAUUAUGGAAUUGACUUUGCAGAAAUAUGGAAGUUAUGAAAAAUUUGAACAAGCCACUGGUGGUAGCUUAUUAUCUAAAGCUAGAAUCUGGAGUCAUGUGAGAAAGUACAUGAUGAAGGAAGGCUGCCUGGGAGAGAUUGUUGUUCAUCUCACUGAGGACCUACUUUCCCGGGCAUCAAUGACAGUAGUCAAUGGGUGCCCGACUCUAACCAUCAACAUUUCCACUGCUCGUGAGCACUGGCUGGAGGGAAUGCUGAGACAUGAAAUAGGAACACAUUAUUUCCGUGGUAUUAACAACCUUCAGCAGCCAUGGAACAGUUGGAUUGGUCGCAAAAAACAUGAGCUAAAGCCAAACAACCCCACAGAGGAGGGACUGGCAAGCAUCCAUAGUGUCCUGUUCAGGAAAGACCCCUUCUUAUGGAGGGCUGCCCUCCUCUACUACACUGUAUACCAAGCCAGUCAAAUGUCUUUUUGUGAACUCUUCAAAGAUAUUAGCAAAUUUGUCAAGGACCCCAAUACAAGAUGGGAUUACUGUGUUCGAGCCAAGAGGGGAUGGACUGAUACUUCCCAACCAGGGUGUUUCAAUAAAGACCAGGUGUACUUGGAUGGAAUCCUUCAGAUCCUUCGGCACAGAGAGUCUAUAGACUUCUGUCUACUGACUGCCCUGGGGAAGGUUUCUUAUGAAGAUGUGGAUCGCUUAAAAGAACUGGCAGUCACUGAAAACAUAAGGGUCCCUCACUUCCUGCAGGAUCAUAGCCGGUACAUGGGACACCUGGAGAAGAUCAUGGAAGUGAAUGAGCUGACUGACGCGGAACUGAAGGGUCUCAUUUCCUAAAUGAGUGCUCCCAGAAACCAGGCAGUGGCGCCUCCAUGAACACAACCAGUCAGGUGUGGUUAGCACCAGCAAAUUUAAAAGAAUGACUUGAGUUUUCUGAAGACUGUCUUCAGUUCAGCUGAAUUUUUGGGUGAAGACACAACCUAAAAACUAUUUCCCUAAAAUGACUGCGGGUGGAAGUUACUCCUGUUUCCUAUGAACCUCCACAGAGCAAUGAAAAUUUUGCAACUGACUGGAGACUUGAGGCUGCAUUGUAAGCUGUGCCCAAGGAGGCCGGGUUACCAGCUAUACUGGAAAAACUCCACAGUUCCAUUUACCCUUAUCAACAGUGUAAUUGUCCUUCUUUGAACUACUAGUUUUGAGACAUCCCAGAAAGCUACCUGUUUCUAAGAUUUCAUCUCUCUUAUGUCAAGUCAUCUUAAAGGGGCAGGGGAAAGCAGUUUGAAAAGUUUUCAUUAAAUGCUUUAUUUUAAUGC